AUGGCAAAUGGCGGCUCGGUGCCCCAGUUUCCUACCCAUAAUGCCCCUCGAGUUUGGCUCUUGACCUCGGGAGACUCUCCAAUUGGCAUUUCGGUCGCGCGCCAGGUGCUUGACCAUGGCGACUAUGUGGUGUCUGGUAUCAUCCAAGCCGAGUUCGAGAAUGAUGGGGCUCGCAGUCAAGAGUUCAAGAGGUUUCUGUCCCAAGUGGGACGGACACCAGGAAUGAAAGAGCGGCUCAAGGUUGUGGCCCUGGAUAUUAGGGUUGUUGGACAGUGUCAGGCGGCUGUUGCGGAAGCCGUGCAUACUUUUCGAAAGAUCGACAUACUCUUUUGCUGUACCAGUGAAGCAGUAAUUGGAACAGUGGAAGAGCUUUCAGCCAGCUCAAGGACCCUGACGCUGGUUCGAGACCAGUUUGAGAAGAAUUUCUUCGGCCCAAUGAAUAUCAUCAAGGCUGUCAUCCCUCAGAUGCGCUCACAGAUGAAUGGUCACAUCAUUACGCUCACCGGCAUCACAGGUCAUCUCGGAACACCAGGGUUGAGCAUGUAUUGUGCGUCAGGGUGGGCGCUGGAGGGCUUUUGUGACAGCAUCGCCUAUGAGAUUGCACCUUUCAACAUUAAAUUGACCAUUGUCCAAGCAAGCGUAGAGAUCGGGAUCUUGACCAACAAGAUCACUUCAGCGCCACCAAUGAAGGCCUAUACCCGAGAAUUUGGUCACACGGCUCCAAUAUUUCGAGGCAUCCUGGACGGCUUAUUGAAUCGCCUCCCUGGUAUUCGUACCCAAUAUCCUCCUCCGCCGGAGACCGAAAUUCAGUCGCCUUCGUCAGAAGCGGAGAGGCAGAGCGGCCCGUACCUCCUCAGUCGUGACGAGGUUGUCAGCUUGUAUCCACCUCUCAGUCAUGCGCAUACAGAAAAACUGAUUGCAGAGACUGUCCAUGCAUUGACGGCCAUUGGUGGUCAUGAGAACCCGCCCGCCCGUCACAUUGUCGGCAUUGAGGGCGUGGCUAGCGUGAAGGAGAAGCUGAAAACUGUGAGCGAGGAACUGGAAGAGUUUGUAGACACCAGUGCAUCAGCCGAUAUUUUCGCCCGGCAGGGUGCGGGUGGGUCGGGGCGUGCAGCAAGUGUCGUAGACGUGGACAUCAAGGAUCUUGAGGGUGACAUCUUCGAUGCUUCACUGGGACUGAGAUAG